AUGGUUAAUCACACGGUGGGUAUGGAGUUCUACCUCAUGGCAUUCUCUGAGGCCAAGGAGCUCCAGGUUGCACAUGGCUUCCUGUUCUUGCUGAUUUACCUGGUGGCACUGGUGGGGAACCUUCUCAUCAUCAUCCUGGUCACAGUGGACCAGUGUCUCCACACCCCCAUGUACUUCUUCCUGAGGAACUUGUCCCUCCUUGAUGCUUGCCUUGUCUCAGUCACUGUCCCAAACUUCAUUCUGAACUCCUUGUGCCACAAAAGCACCAUCUCUUUCCUGGGAUGUGUCUCACAGGUCCUGUUGGUAAUUCAGUUUGCUGGAGCUGAGCUUUUCACCCUUACAGCCAUGUCCUAUGACCGCUAUGUAGCCAUCUGCCACCCUCUGCACUAUGAUAUCAUCAUGAACAGGGGUGUCUGUGUGCAGAUGGUAGCUGUCUCCUGGUUCCUUGGGGGUUUGUUUGGGGUCUUAUACUGUGCAGGAACUUUCUCUCUACCUUUCUGUGGCUCCAGAAAACUCCCACAAUUUUUCUGUGAUGUCCCCUCUCUGCUGAAGAUUUCUUGUUCAAAGUUGCAUAUCACCAUUGAUGUGAGUGUGGUCAUUGGAGUCAUAUAUGCACUUUUCUGCAUUGUGUCCAUUGGAUUUUCAUAUGUGUACAUUUUUAAAACUGUCACAAGAAUGCCAUCAUCACAAGGGAAGUCAAGAGCCUUCUCCACCUGCAUGCCUCAUCUCAUAGUGGUGACCACGUUUUUUGUGACUGGUGUUACUGCCUAUUUGAAGCCAGUACCUGAAUCCCCACAUCCUGUGGACUUUGUGGUGUCUGUUCUCUAUUCUGUGAUGCCUCCAUCUUUGAACCCUAUAAUAUACAGCCUGAGGAACAAAGAUGUCAAAACUUCUCUGUGGAAGAUUUUAUGGAACUUAUGCCCCAAGGAAUGGAGUUGGCUA